UGUUCAAAGCCGCAAAUUUUUUUCCUAUCUUUUCUUCUCCUCUGAUUUAGACCCGUAUGUAACACGACGAAUUUGCAGAGACAGAACAUUGGCCGAAAAGAGAAAAUCAAAGCCUGAAAAUUUCUUCGAAAUUGAUUAGGGUUUUGAUUUUUCUCUCCUCCAACAAACAACCUUUAAUUAAUUUAUUGAAGCAAAAAAUCACAUCUUUAAUAUUGGUUUUGUUUUUUGGAGGUAUCAAAAAAUGGUGUCAGCUGGGGAAAAAGAUAUUGAACAAGGGUUUAAAAUGGAGGAAGAUCAAAAUGAUCAAUCAAACCAAACAAGUCCUAUAGAUAAAAGAGAUUUGGUUUAUGAACUUAUGGGUAUAAUUCAAACUAUAAGUUCUUAUGGUGAAUAUAGGAGGACUCAAAGAAAGGAAAGUCGUAAUCUUGUACGUAGAAUGAAACUUUUAUUACCUCUUUUGGAAGAAAUUCGAGAUUUUGAAGGACAAAUUCCUGAAUCGGGUAUCGAAUGCUUGGUAAAAAUGAAGAAGGCAUUUCAUUGUGCCAAGAAAUUGUUAAAAACUUGCCAUUGUGGUAGCAAACUUUACCUGGCAUUGGAAAGCGAGGCUGUUAUAGGGAGAUUUCAUUCUGUAUAUGAAAAAUUAAGCCAGACUUUGGAUGGCAUGCCUUAUGAAGAGCUUGGUAUUUCAGAUGAAGAGAAAGAACAGGUGGAUUUGAUGAUCGUUCAAUUUAAAAGAUCUAAGAAGCGAAUUGAUACUCAAGAUAUGGAACUUGCAAUGGAUUUAAUGGUAUCAUUGUCCACGGAGAAUGACCGGAAUGCAGAUAGUGCCAGCAUCGAAAGGCUAGCGAAAAAGCUUGAAUUGCAUACUGUUGAGGACCUAAAGGCUGAAAUGGUAGCAGUAAGAGAAGUGAUCAAAGAAAGACGAGCACACAAUGCUGAGAGCACGCAACGAAUCGUAGAUCUUCUAAAUAAAUUGAAAAAGUUAGCAGGGAUGGAAGAAACUGGUACUUCUGAUGAACCUAUUAUGCCUAAACCUCUCGAGAAAUCCACUUCUAUAGCAAUCCCAAACGAAUUUCUUUGUCCAAUCACGUUACAGAUUAUGACAGAUCCGGUAAUCAUCUCAACUGGACAGACAUAUGAAAGAGAAAGCAUACAACAAUGGUUGGAUUCAAAUCACCAUACAUGUCCGAAAACGGGGGAACCCUUGACGCAUUCGUCAUUGGCACCAAACUUUGCUCUAAAGAAUUUAAUUGGGGAGUGGUGUUUGAAGAACAACUUUCAGCUUCCAAAAAAGGAGGCUCCUACACCUGAAAGUCCUUCAGCUGGAAGUGACGAAAAAUUAUUGUCGUUGAUAAAAGACCUAUCUUCUAGUCAUUUGGAAGUGCAGAGAAAGGCUGUGACAAAGAUCAGGAUGCUUUCAAAAGAAAAUCCGGAGAAAAGAACUUUGAUAGCUAACUAUGGAGGAAUUCCACCACUCGUGCAAUUAUUGUCCUAUCCUGAUUCCAAAAUCCAGGAGCAUGCUGUGACGGCUCUUUUAAACUUGUCAAUCGAUGAAUCAAACAAGAAACUUAUAUCAAGAGAACAAGCCAUUCCGGAGAUAAUUGAGAUAUUGCAGAAUGGAAGUAUUGGGGCUAAAGAGAACUCUGCAGCAGCAUUAUUUAGCUUAUCAAUGCUUGACGAAAACAAAGUAGCUAUAGGUUCAUUAAAUGGCAUCCCGCCAUUGAUUGAUCUGUUAAAAAACGGAACAAUCAGAGGGAGGAAGGACGCUAUUACUGCACUCUUCAAUCUAUGUUUCAACCACACAAACAAAAGCAUCGCGAUCCAAGCUGGAAUUGUAGCCCCAUUACUUCAACUACUAUCGGAAAAACACUUAGACAUGGUUGAUGAGACCCUGUCGAUAUUGUUAAUUCUCGCGACACAUCCAGAAGGCAGACAGGAAAUUGGAAAGCUUUCGUUCAUUGAAAUUCUUGUAAAUUUGAUGAAGGAUGGCACUCCCAAGAACAAGGAAUGUUCAGUGGCGGUGCUUCUUGAGUUGAGUACCUAUAAUUCAAAUCUUAUGCUUGCUGCCCUUCAGUAUGGUGUGUAUGAGCAUUUAGUAGAGAUAAGUAAGGAGGGAACUGACCGCGGCCAAAGGAAAGCAAAAUCAAUACUACAGCUUAUGAGCAAAACUGAGCAAAUUCCAUACUGACAAUGCAAGUCCAAAUGUACUGCUAUAGCUGGAAUUGUAAAUCCCUGUAAAUUAUUGAAGGAAUUGGAUUCGGCUCACCCAUGUAGGUCAAUUCGGAUCCAUGCCAAAUUAAUGAAUAUAUAUAUUUGUUAUAUGUUAUUAUUACAAUAUAAGAAAAAGAGAGAAAACACACGAGCGUUAAGAAAACUCCUUGAAGAGUUGUCUCUUUAGAAAACAAAAGAUAAAAGAAGUCCUAAUGUUAGGAGCUUCUUGUCUUCUUAGUGUAAGUUUCUUUCAGUACAGAUACAAGACCGAAAGAAACGUUUCUCUGUGAAAGAGUCUCUGCAAGGAUUCAAGGCAAAGUUAGAAGCAACUUUGCAGGAAUCUUUCUCCCUGUAAUUCAGGUACGAUCACAGAUUAUGAACUCUCAUUACAAUCCAUGUUUGUAAGCAUGUUCUAUGACUAGUGAAACAAAUCAAUGGACAAUCUCGGGGAACUGCGUGUUCUUGAUUUUUGCUUCAAAUUUCAAUCUUUUUUUUUUUUUUUUCUCGUAAAUCGAAAACUGUGAGAUUGUGUAUAUUGUUUAGUUCUCCUUGUACAUUGUUUUCUUCUUUUCUUGCUGAAACCUUGUAAAUUAUUAAGGCAAAAUCAAAUCC